GGUGUGUCCGAGAGGGAGUCGUCAUGGGACUAGCUAUGGGAACGUUCUCCAUGCAGACCAAACAGGUGAACUAUCGCAGAGGAGACAAGUCGGACGAUGACUUUGAGAUGGCGCCGGUGAUGCACAGGCCUGAGGGCCUGGAGCACCUGGAGACUCUGACCAACUUCAACAAGAAGGAGCUGCAGGUGCUCUACAGAGGCUUCAAGAACGAGUGCCCCAGUGGUGUUGUGAAUGAAGACACGUUUAAACAGAUAUACUCACAGUUUUUUCCACAUGGAGAUGCCAGCACAUAUGCCCACUAUCUCUUCAACGCCUUUGACUCCGGUCACAAUGGCUCCAUCAAGUUCGAGGACUUUGUAACGGCUCUGUCAAUCUUGCUGAGGGGUUCGACGAGAGAGAAGCUUCAGUGGACGUUCAACCUAUACGACAUCAAUGGAGAUGGCUACAUCAACAAAGAGGAGAUGAUGGACAUUGUGAGGGCUAUCUAUGACAUGAUGGGAAAAUACACAUAUCCCGCCCUGAAGACAGAUACACCCAAACAACAUGUGGAUGCUUUCUUCCAGAAAAUGGACAAGAACAGAGAUGGGGUGGUCACCUUGGACGAGUUCAUUCUGUCAUGCCAAGAGGAUGAAAACAUCAUGCGUUCAUUACAGUUGUUUGAGAAUGUAAUAUAAACCAGAAAAAAACAAGUCCAUGGAACGAGGAGUGGGGAGUGGGGAGGAGAUAGAGGAGAAUGGUUCGAGAAAUACAGAGUGGUGAUCAUAUGGUGGCGAACGACAAACUGUGACGGAGAAAAUGGACUCUGCUUUGACUGGCUGGCUGGCUUCUCUAUCAACUGUCGACACUCACAUACAAGGCAUAACAACACGACAACACAUCGCCAUCACCAUUGUGUUACCAUGGCAACAGCGGAAGGGUGCAAGGAUGACCUUUCUUCGCCUUGACCUUGACACCCC